AUGGAGUUACCAUUGAAAUUAUCGAAACGAAACACUGAUUUCAGCAUACGUUCAUUAAUCAACUGUUCACAGAAUGAUAUUCACCAUACAGCAAGUCCAUCGAAAUCAACCAGUAAUGAAAGUCUUCAAUAUUCACCAUCAUCCUCGUCAACAACAUGUACGGGUGGCAGCAGCAGCAAUAUAACUCGAUUGUCGUGGCCACAAAAUAAUACACAACUACAUUGGUUACCCGACGCUGACAUUAUUGAUAAAGCACGUAAUAAUGAAUUACCAAGAAUCAAUGCAAAAGCCUGUUCAUUGCGUAAACAUAAACAAAAUCGAAAGCCACGUACACCGUUUACGACAUCACAGCUACUGGCAUUGGAAAAAAAAUUUCGUGAUAAACAAUAUUUAACUAUUUCCGAACGAGCCGAAUUUUCAGCAUCAUUAAAUCUUACUGAAACACAAGUUAAAAUUUGGUUUCAAAAUCGUCGAGCGAAAGAAAAACGUAUUUCGGAAGCCGAUGCAGAAAAAUAUCGUUUUCUACAAAUGAAACAUCCAUUAGCGAUUGCCGCUGCUAAUGUUUUCCAUAAUCAUCAUCAACAACAUCAUCAUCACUCAUUGUACAAUUUUCUUUCUCCUGUAACUACAACGUGUUCAUCAUAA